ACAAGUUCAUUCCACCGCCACAACCUCGAUUUUGAUGAAGUGUAGUUUUUCGUGAUUUAACUAUUUUCUUAAAUUUAUUUUUAUGAUCCACUUCGAUUACAUCUAAAAUUUACUAAAUUUUUAUUUGUUUAUCAAAGUGUUACUAUAUUCUGUGCAAAUUAAGGUUACAGUGAGGGUGUGCUGUGUGCUAAAUAACAUUUCAUUUGCAUUCACAAAUUUGUCCAUUUGAAAGCGAGAGAGAAAAAAACUCAGAUUGUGUUCAUCGUUGACACCUGGUAAAGGAAACCUCAUCUAUGCAAAAUGCCGAAAUCGCUAAAUGUGCGUGUCACUACCAUGGAUGCCGAGCUGGAGUUUGCCAUUCAGCAAACUACCACCGGCAAACAGUUAUUUGAUCAAGUCGUCAAAACCAUUGGAUUACGAGAAGUAUGGUUCUUCGGCCUACAGUACACAGACUCGAAAGGUGACCUGACAUGGAUUAAACUGUACAAAAAGGUGAUGAAUCAAGACGUCAAACGGGAAAAUCCACUCCAGUUCAAAUUCCGUGCCAAAUUCUAUCCUGAAGACGUUGCUGAAGAACUUAUCCAAGACAUUACUCUACGCUUAUUCUAUCUUCAAGUGAAAAAUGCCAUUUUAUCGGACGAAAUAUAUUCACCGCCCGAAACAUCUGUGCUGCUAGCAUCGUAUGCCGUCCAGGCUCGUCACGGUGAUCAUAAUAAAGGUUCACACAACGCAGGUUUCUUGUCGAACGAUCGCUUAUUGCCGCAACGUGUAAUCGAUCAGCAUAAAAUGUCGAAAGACGAAUGGGAACAAUCGAUUAUGUCAUGGUGGCAGGAACACAAAGGCAUGCUACGCGAAGAUGCUAUGAUGGAAUAUUUGAAAAUAGCUCAGGAUUUGGAAAUGUAUGGGGUAAAUUAUUUCGAAAUUCGUAAUAAAAAAGGUACGGAACUGUGGUUGGGCGUUGACGCAUUGGGCUUGAACAUCUACGAAAAAGAUGACAAAUUGACACCGAAAAUCGGAUUCCCAUGGUCUGAGAUUCGUAAUAUCUCGUUCAAUGAUAGGAAAUUCAUUAUCAAACCAAUUGAUAAGAAAGCGCCCGAUUUUGUGUUCUUCGCACCGCGUGUUCGUAUCAAUAAACGAAUUCUGGCAUUGUGUAUGGGCAACCAUGAAUUGUAUAUGCGCCGUCGUAAGCCCGACACAAUUGACGUUCAACAAAUGAAAGCGCAAGCCAGAGAAGAAAAGAAUGCUAAGCAACAGGAACGUGAAAAAUUACAAAUGGCAUUGGCAGCUCGGGAACGUGCCGAAAAGAAACAACAAGAGUAUGAAGACCGUCUGCGUGCCAUGCAAGAGGAAGUGGAAAGAUCGCAGGCUAACUUGUCCGAAGCUCAAGAUAUUAUCCGACGAUUGGAGGAGCAACUUAGACAGUUGCAAGCGGCCAAGGAAGAAUUGGAACAACGCCAGAAGGAAUUGAAGGGAAUGUUGCAGCGCUUAGAAGAUGCCAAGAAUAUGGAGGCAGCCGAACGUAUGAAAUUGGAAGAAGAAAUUCAAGCCAAACAGGCAGAGGUUCAACGUAUUCAAGAUGAAGUUAAUAUCAAGGACAGUGAAACGAAACGUUUACAAGAUGAAGUCGAAGAAGCACGUCGCAAGCAGGAGGAAGUAGCUGCUGCUCUAUUAGCUGCAUCAGCAACGCCACAACAUCAUCACAUUGCCGAAGAUGAUGAGGAGAUGACAAAUGGUGACAACAACAGCGGUGACGUAUCUAGAGACCUAGAUAUCGAUGAAAGUAUCAAGGAUCCCGUUGAGGAUAGACGUACAUUAGCGGAACGAAGUGAACGUCUUCAUGACCAAUUGAAGGCACUCAAACAAGAUUUGGCACAAUCUCGAGAUGAGACAAAAGAAACCGUAAACGAUAAAAUUCAUCGUGAGAACGUACGUCAAGGACGUGACAAAUACAAAACUUUACGUGAAAUUCGUAAAGGUAAUACGAAACGUCGUGUCGAUCAAUUUGAAAAUAUGUAAAAAGUGAAAAUUGAUAAACUAAAAAAGUAACAACAAAAACCACAACAACAACAAAAUUAAAAAACUACAAUGAAAGAGAAUCACUGAGGUUAAAGUUAAUUUUCUUCUUUUUUUUAAUUUAAGGAAUAAAAAUAAAAUCUAAAAAACUGAUUAAAAUUAUUAAACUUAAACAACAAAAAAAAAAGAACCAAACAUAAGUAAUCGGGUGCGAGGGAAAAUCAAUUGCGAUGAAGAAGAAAAAUUGAGAUUGAAAUUUAUAAUUAUUUUUCUUCUGUUUAAAUCGCUGGGCGAAUUAAAAAGGUAUUUUUUAUUAGUGGCAAGUAUUAAAUUAAAAAAUAAAAUUGAAAAAAAAAUCUUUUUUUAAUUAAACUACUAAACUCUUAUCUGCAAGCAAAAUCGUCACGAUGUUUUCUUUUAGUUUUUUCUUUUUGAAAUUUUAAAUAUUAUUUUGUUUUGUUACUUUCAAUUUUCAGUAGAAGCAUUUUUUUUUUAAAAGAAUAAUUGAAAUUUAACCUGGUAGAUAACAGGUGAAAUUUCGCUUUUUGAUUAUUAUUAUUUUUUUGGAUUGUCCGGGAGUUUUUGACAGGCAUUUCAUUUUAACUUUUACCAUUCUUUCGCUUUUUGCACAGUAUUUUCGAUUCAACAAUGAACACAAAACAUUUUCUAAUUUGUUUUUUUAUUGAAAAUAAUUUUUUAACGAGAAAGAAAAAUGGAAAUAGAAGCAAUAUUAACCGUUAUAAAUAUCAUGUAAUGCAUUUAAUUAAGUGUUAAGUCUUCCGAUGUUUACCAGCUUAAGAUGCCUACAGGAUGCAGCAAAGAUGCAAAGGGAUGCAAGCUGGGAUAACAGGUAUCCCAGUCGGUCUCAUCGGGUUAAUCAAAAAAACAAAUAAAAAUCAAAGAAAAAUUUUAUGAGAGUCUUGUUUACGGGGAAAAGAACUCAAUUGGAAUAUCAAAGAGUCAUCCUUUCCAUAACAUAUCGUUUCCAUUGCAUUUUCUAAUGCAUAAUCCUUUCAGAAUAUGGUGAUGAUGUAAUCCGAGUAAUUUAAGUUCAUCGACACUUCGAUGACAAAACACUAAUUAAAAGGACACAAUUUUCAUCCUUUCCAUCCGAUAUUUAAAUUACUAUAAUAUGUCGCAUUAUUAGGGAUUUUCGGGGAUUAAAAUGACAAUUCUCGUUCACCGAGUGAGAAAUUUAAUUACGCGACUGUCUCCAGGAUCUAAUUUGCGAUUCACUCGUUUCACCACCAUUCAUAAUGGAAAGUCGAUAGUUGAAUAUAGAACGAAUUGGCUAACGUUAUUUUCUGAGACUAUUUUUUACAUUUUUGGUUCUGAUAAAUUUUCUUUUAUUGCGCUUGGAAAUGUUAUCCGCAACGGAACCGUUGAGCUAUAUUUUUCACAUUGGGAAAAUAUCAAAAUCAAAAAUGUGAACUCAGACAGAUCAGUUAGACAGAGAACAGGUAAAAAAGACAGCAAACCAUUGUAAUUUCAAUGAUAUUCCAUAUUUUGCACAUCUCUCUCAUCAAAUUUAAAAAAAAAAAAAUUCUUCCCUUUCGUCUUCACAUUCGACGAAUAAUUUCUAUAUAAAAAGAAUUAAAGGAAACAAUUUCGGAGAAAUGGGGUUAAAUAAAGAAAACCAAUUCUUAUUAGAGCUUAGAAGUAUUAUGUUUUACAAUUUGUUACAUUUUUUUUGUCGAAAAAUAUAAUUAAAAUUUUAAUGAAAGAAAAGAGAAAAUAAAAAAAUUGAGAGUAAAAAUGGAAAAGAGAAUGAGAUCAUAUUUUUAUACCGACAACAGACACACACGCAUGUCAAUGAAGAACAUUUAUAUUGUAGUAUUUUUUUAAUCGAUUUAUAGAUAUUCGUUUAGUUGAACCUCAGAAUUCUUUUUUUGUAAUUUUCCAUCACGGCUUAAAAUCAUAACGAACGAAAGAUGAAAAAAACAAACAAAUUUGGAUAGGGAAAAAAUAUUAUUAUUUUUUUUACAUUCAAACAGGAAUUUUGAAAAGUAGAUUAAACUACUCUACCUUAUUAAUAUGUGGCCUUCUAAUCUAACAAAGUUAAUUAAUUAUGAAAAUGCAAGAAAA